AUGGAUAAAGGAUGGGGUCUCACCCUUGAAAAUUCUCGGUUUUUUGCUAAGAAGCCAGUUUUUGGAUUUAAUUUAAGCCCAAGGUUGAAUCAAAGCCCUGGAAUUAUGUUUCCGGUGAAUCUGAAUGGCAGGGAGGAGCAGGUGGCUCCACCUCCGGCCGAUGAUAAACGCUUGGUGUUAGGUGAAGUAGACUUUUUUGCAGAUAAGAAGAGAUCCAAUAAUGAUACUCAUGUUUUGAAGAAGGAAGGUGUUGAAGCUGCUAGAAGGGAAUUCAAUGUAAACACUGGUUUGCAACUUCUUACCGCUAACACUGGAAGUGAUCGAUCAACGGUAGAUGAUGGGAUUUCAUCUGAUGUCGAAGAUAAGAAAGCAAAAAAGGAGCUAGCAGAGUUACAAGUUGAACUGGAAAGAAUGCAAGCUGAAAAUCACAAGUUAAAAGGGAUGCUUACUACGGUCACCAACAAUUACAGUACACUGCAGAUGCAUCUUGCAACAUUAAUGCAACAGCAAAAGAAUUCAAAAACAGAAAGCUCACAGGAAAACCAGACUGUAGAGAGAAAAUCUGAAGAUAAGGAACAAGAAAAUGGAGGAUCAAUAGUUCCUAGACAGUUCUUGGAGUUGGUCCAGGGUGAUCAAGAACUAUCUCAUUCUUCAUCAGAAGAAAGAACACUGUCUGAAUCGCCGGCAAACAACAAGAAAAGGAUUGGUAGGGAAGAGAGCCCAGCAUCAGAAGUUUGGGCUCCUAACAAGGCUCCCAAAUUGAAUCCCUUUAAGUCCGUUGAUCAAUCCACUGAGGCUACCAUGAGAAAAGCACGUGUUUCGGUUCGUGCACGAUCCGAAGCUCCUAUGAUUUCGGAUGGAUGCCAAUGGCGAAAAUAUGGACAAAAGAUGGCGAAAGGAAAUCCAUGCCCACGAGCUUAUUAUCGUUGCACAAUGGCAGUAGGCUGUCCAGUGCGCAAACAGGUUCAAAGGUGUGCUGAAGACCGAACAAUUUUGAUUACAACCUACGAAGGUACCCACAAUCAUCCAUUGCCACCGGCCGCCAUAGCCAUGGCGUCAACAACCUCAUCCGCCGCUAAUAUGCUUCUCUCCGGUUCAAUGUCUAGUGCAGAUGGGUUGAUGAAUCCGAAUAUUCUUGCAAGAACCAUUCUUCCAUGUUCAUCAAACAUUGCUACAAUUUCAGCUUCGGCUCCAUUUCCGACAGUCACAUUAGACCUUACUCAGCCACCCAACCCAUUGCAAUUCCAAAGACCGACACCCCCUACCCAAUUCCAAGUCCCUUUCUCCGCCGCUGCUCCACCGCAAAUGCCUCAAGUUUUUGGGCUUAGCCAAUCAAAAUUUUCAGGGCUCCAGAUGUCUCACGACAGUACUGAAGCUGCCUCAUUGCCAAACGAGUCCCAACCUCCACAGGCGCAGCCACAUUCAUCCUAUGCUGACACGCUCAGUGCCGCCACCGCCGCCAUCACUGCCGAUCCUAAUUUCACUGCAGCCCUUGCCGCCGCCAUCACUUCCAUCAUUGGUGGCUCCAAUCCAAACAACAGCAAUACCAAUUUGAUAGCAAACAACAGUGCAGACGUAAACACGAAUAAUAGCAACAAGACCAGCAGCUUUUCAGGGAAUUAA